UUUGAUUGGAUUUUUUAUUGUGGUGUGGCGUCAGUAUUUCUUGACAUUUUGGCUUUUGAUUUAAAUGUGUACAUCCAACUCUGUCCUAAAGCAGGACGUGUCCUUGUUAUAGCGUGUACAGUUUAGCAGUCCUGGUGCGAACUAACCAGCAGGAGCUAGCUAGCUGUCUGCUAGCUUGCUAGCUAAUCUUUUCUAGCAGCAACAAGAGAGCAGCAAGUGAUUUAUUUUACCAGUCAAGCUGGCAGAUACACCUUAACGUCUGUUUAUAAUAGGUGUGAUUCGAUGUUGUGACGAGAAUAUUAGAUUUAAUGACGUUAGUUUGUCUGCCAGUUCGUACCCAGCUACACCCUCCUGUACGUCUCUUCAUACUUUACCCAGACUUUACUCCAAACCUUUGGUGUCAAAGUGCUAGCAAACUGUUUCGAUUAGCUUAUGUGAGAAUGGGAGAGUUCUACUGCUAAGUGGCUAAUGUAAGCUAACAGUAUCAGAUGAUAACGUUUGAUGGCUAAUUAGCUUUAGUAAUUGCUCGUAAACACUUGUCUUUCCGCAUCCACAUUUUCUGACAGCUGUGUAUAAUGUCAGGGUACCCAUUGGUUCUGUGUGUGUGUGACACCCAACGUACGUUACCGGGUUGUUAGUUAGCUAGCAUAACGUCAGUUGACUGAUUUCUUAAUGUUAUAUUACGUUAGCUAACUUGGCAACGUUGGGUGUGACAUGGAACGCUAACGGUUGUUGUCGAUUGUUAACGUUAUCUGUUUGUGCGAACAGGGCAUGGGUAACUUCUUCGUGGGGCUGUUUAACAUCAAGUGCAUGCAAGUGAUAGGGGGGAUAAGUUAGCUUAGCUUUAGUGACAACUCUUAGCCUUGUUGCUUGUCUAUGCAAAGCUACACAUUAUAACACAGGCGUGUCUGUGAUUUCUUGGUACUUGAUAAUCUAGUUAGCUGUCUGCUGAUCUAAGUGAGGCCUCUGUCAGUCACACUACACCAUAAAGUGAUUGUGUACUUUUUGUCCCUCAGGUGUUUCAGAGCAGCAGAAAUUGAAAUUCGUUAAUUUAACCACCUGAUGUUUGUCACAGAUUGUGGAGAUGUUUGACACAACCUGAGAUACAAAGGUUUUCAUCUCCCUGUGCCUGAGGGUUUUGGGACCCAAUGUUGCCACUGGAAGAAACAGACAAACUGAGAACUAGCACUCCAUGAAUGAGUGGCACACAAGCCAGAAAACCACAAGACACCGAGAGGAGCGACCCGUAUUCUGCAUCGUUCUUGUGUAACAGAUUGCAACUGAAACCGACGGCCAGCCCGUUGCCAUGUCGACCUCAUCGCUACGGCGACAAGUAAAGAACAUCGUCCACAACUAUUCAGAGGCUGAAAUCAAGGUUAGAGAGGCGACAUCCAAUGACCCGUGGGGCCCCAGCAGCUCUCUGAUGUCAGAGAUCGCUGAUCUGACAUACAAUGUUGUGGCCUUCUCGGAAAUCAUGAGCAUGGUGUGGAAGCGCCUCAAUGACCACGGCAAGAACUGGAGACACGUGUACAAGGCUAUGACUCUUAUGGAGUACCUGAUCAAGACCGGUUCAGAACGUGUUGCCCAACAGUGCCGAGAGAACAUAUACGCAGUCCAGACGCUCAAGGACUUUCAGUUCAUAGACAGGGACGGCAAAGACCAGGGGGUGAACGUGCGAGAGAAAGCCAAACAGCUGGUUACGCUGCUGAAAGAUGAAGAGAGACUAAGAGAGGAGAGGAUCCACGCCCUCAAAACCAAAGAGAAGAUGGCACAGACCUCCAGCGGUGAGAUUGCCUCCUCAGCUCCCUCAGCACCCAGCCUGGGGGGCAGCCUGUCAGUGGGCUCCCACUCUGGAGGGGCAGACCCUGAGCAGGCCUGGCCACAGAGCACCGGGGAGGAAGACCUGCAGCUCCAGCUGGCCUUAGCCAUGAGUAAAGAGGAGGCAGAGCAGACUAGCAAGGACCCUCUGGAGGACGCAGAGUUCAGCUAUGCAAUCACACUCAGCAAAGAGAUGCAACAAAAGGAAGAGCGACUGCGUAGAGGUGAUGAUCUGAGACUGCAGAUGGCCCUCGAGGAGAGCAGGAGGGCGAAAGCUAAGCCUGAGGAGGGGGCUCUGAUGGAACUGAGUGCCGCAGACCCCUGGGGGGCCUCCGGUGCCGCUGCCGCCGCCACUGUGUGCUCUGCCGGCCCUUCGCCUCCCCCGACAGUUCCUGCCCCUGCUGCCUCAGGUCCGUGGGGCGCAGCCCCCGCAGACCCGUGGGGCGUAGCGUCACCCACAUCUCCUACAAGUUCUGACCCCUGGGGUGGGGGAGCCCCACCCACUAUAGCCCCUCCCCCGGACCCCUGGGGAGAGACGUCCAACCGGGUUAACAACGUCGACCCCUGGGGCAGCUCGGCUGUGACCCCCCCCAGUGCCGACCCCUGGGGUCCCCCAGUGCCACCCAGCACGUCCUCCUCGGGGGGGCCAGUAGACCCCUGGGCAAGGGACGGGCCUGGCCUUGUCUCUGACCCUGUCACCUCUGACAUCUGGAGUGGCACCGCCAAACACACAAAUGGCACAGGAGACCCAGAGCGACGAGGGUCCCCAGCAACAGGCUAUGACAGCACAGGCUCACCGGUGCCCUUUGACCUCUCAUCUCUUGGUCCUUCACUUCCUGUUCGUAAGACUCCCGAGUCCUUCCUCGGCCCCAACGCAGCGCUGGUGGAUCUGGAUUCCCUGUUGUCGUCUAAACCCAAACCCAAACAGCCGCCGCCUCCUUCCAUCAUCUCGUCCUCUUCUGCACAUAACCCCUUCCUCCAGAACACAGGCUCAUCUCCUGCUCCUGGCAUGGCAGUGACUCCAGGCAGCACCAUUUCCAGUCGGGGGGUUUCUCCAACACCGGCCUCCUCCAACCCUUUCGGCGUGGCUCCACCCAUGACCUCCAUCUCACCUCAGCCCUCAUCACUUGGCCUGAGCGGCCUCCGCUCCAGUCCCGUGCCUCCCAAUCCCAUGCUGGGCAUGGUGCAACCAGGAAUGGGCCUGGGGCCAAUGAGUGUGGGUAUGGGGGGAAUGGGCCUGGGCAUGAUGCAGUCCAGCCCCAUGGGUAUGCCCUACAGCGGGCUCUCGCCAAUGGCCCCCCCAGGCUCGGCUCUGUUGGGGCCCGCAGCACCUCCUCAGCUGAUUUUGGGUGGGCCCACUGGAACAGGAGUGAUGGGAGGUGGAGGAACGACGGGAGCGAGCACCAACCCCUUUCUCCUUUGAGGAAGUGUCACCACUACUCUGCUCACCCGUUUCAACCUCCUCUGUCGUACCUGCUGCCCCCCUCAUUCACCCCCCUCAACACAAUUUGUGUCCAAAAAGAAAAAAAUGUGUACAUCUCUAUAUUUAAAGAAAAAAGAAAAAAUUCAGUUUAUCUUUUCCUUAAAAAGCACUAUUUUAUUUCAGAAUAAUUUACCACAUUUCGUUCCUUUCAUUUCAGUAUGGGUUGUUUGUGGGCGGGAAAUUGAAGUCUAUUUAUUUUGUUUUAAUCCUGUUCUGUAUCGUAUCUUCAUGUCGUGUUUGUUUCAGUCCUAUCUUGAGAUGAAGGUAAGUCCGUGAGAGCAGGAGGCUUCUUUAAUAGUGUCACUCUACUCUGUUGUAAUAUUACUGCACUGAGAGAGAGGUGGAGGGAGACGGGACAUAGCCACUAACAAACUGAACAGAGAAACUGUACCCGCCUCUUCCUCUUCUCUGCUUCUGGAAUGAAGACGAACACUGUAUCACUGAAAUGAAGCGAGUGCAUGAAGGAUCAUUUUGACUCCAGACGGACUGAAAAACCUGCAUUAACAUUUCAGGCACCAUGUGGUCAAAUGGUUUCAGCUAUUUCACUUUUAAUUUAAUUUAAUGUUGAAAUUAAUUUAUUUUUUUCCAAAUUUUUUUUGGGAACAAAUAAACAAGGAAAAUCACACGAUGCCAUUUAAAUCAAAUGCUUAUUUUUUUUUUAUUAUUAUUAUUAUUGUAGAAAACUGAAAAGAGAGCUCUGACGUGUGUUUGUUGAAUGUGUGUUUGCAGCAAUGUGCGAAUGAGAAUAUGAAUGCUUAUUUGUGAGAAUGCAAUAGUGCAAAUGCCUGUUUCUGUGUAAAUCUAUCAAUAUAUGUCUCCAAUUUUCUCCUGUGUCAGACCUUAUUUCAGUGACUCAGAAAGGAAGAAAUGACAUCCAUUAUUUUUGUUUUUAAAAAUUGUCACUUGUAUAAAUACUAUGUAAUGUUGGGAUUUCAAAUGAGGUAUCACAAGGGUCACACAUUUCUCUGCCAAUCAUGUUUCACAAUAUUUUAGUUUCGUUAAUCGGAAGCAUUAGUUUUUUCCAAUCACAUUUCAAAUGGGAUCCCUGGUGUCCAGGUGUCCCAGAGCACCACUGUCCACUUGUUUCAUCUCUCGUUCCUUCAGGGAGGAGGAAAAAAAAGACAAUUGUUUCAACAAAUGAAAGGAAGGAAAAAAAAAUGGGACUUGACGACAUGCUCCAUGCUGUUCUUUUAAUUUAGUUUGAUGAAUUUGUUAUUUUAUAUCAACAAGAAAAAAUAUCUCUUUUAUCGGGUAAGGUUGAAUUUUGUGUGGUGAUGACUGAACAUUCACAUUUGAGAAGUAAAAUGGAAAAAAAUCAAAAGGAAUUUAUGAAAUAAAACAAAAACACAGGGUGUGUGUGUUUGGCUUGGUUCAUGCUUGCUCUGUAGUUAAUGUCUAAAUCAUAUAUAUGUUUAUUUGUUUCUGUUAAUGUGACACAAAUAAUUUUACACUUUAUUUUCUUUUGUGAACAUGUUUAUAAAUCUAACAUCCAACAGAAAAAAAACACCCUGCCAAUUACCUGCAGAAGAAAAGCUAAAUGUUAUUACAGCGUAUGAAUUUGAAUAAAGGUGAAAAAUUGUACAACUUUUUCCACCUUGUAA